AUGCACGAUUUCCGAAAAAUAAAUGUCGGCGUGCUCGGCGCAACGGGCACUGUCGGACAGCGUUUCAUUACCCUCCUCGCCGACCAUCCGUUCUUUAUUCUCCAUGCCCUUGGUGCAUCGCAAAGAUCAGCCGGCAAGCCCUACCCUGCCGCGGUGACUUGGAAGCAGACAAAACCAGUUCCUGCUGUUGUGCGCAACCUCGUUGUACGAGAAUGCAAGCCCGAGUUCUUCACAGAGUGCGAAAUUAUCUUCUCUGGCUUGGACGCCGACGUCGCAGGCCCGAUCGAGGAGAGCUUCAGGUUGGCAGAAUUUGCCGUAUUUUCCAACGCGAAGAACUAUCGCCGUGACCCACAUGUUCCGCUCAUUGUGCCCCUAGUCAACUCCUCCCACAUGGCUAUGAUCCCUCAGCAGCGUGCACUGCACACACCGCCACUCCGCAAAGGAUUUAUUCUCACAAAUGCAAAUUGCUCCACGACUGGCGUAGUCGUGCCACUCGCUGCACUCGAGAAGACGUUUGGGCCAAUCGAGUCGUGUAUGGUCACGACAAUGCAGGCCAUCUCUGGCGCGGGCUAUCCUGGGCUGCCGAGCCUGGACAUCAUGGACAACGUCGUGCCAUACAUCUCCGGCGAGGAGGAAAAAAUAGAGUGGGAGAUGCUCAAGAUCCUCGGCGGGCUCACGGAGGGGGACGACGGGAACAAGGCGUUCGACAUGCACGCGAAGCAGCCGCUGCGCGUCUCCGCGAUGUGCAACCGCGUGCCGGUCAUCGAGGGGCACACGGAGUGCGUGUCGGUGCGGUUCGCGCGGCGGCCACCGCCCAGCCCGCAGCAGGUGCGCGAGGCGCUGCUCGCGUACACGUCCGACGCGUGGACGAUGUCGUGCCCGUCCGCGCCGCGGCACACGGUCUUCGUGCACGAGGAGCCGGACAGGCCGCAGCCGCGGCUGGAUCGGGACUAUCAGGCGGGCGCAGGCGUGAACGUCGGACGCGUACGGCAGUGUCCCGUGCUGGACAUCAAGUUUGUUGUGCUCGCAAACAACGUCGCGAUCGGCGCGGCGACGAGCAGUAUCCUGAAUGCGGAGCUGGCAGUGUGCAAGGGGAUAAUCUAA